AGCCUUUCCACUUCUUAUUAUAGAGGACAGUCCAUGGGCCUAACAGCUUUUGUUGUGCCCUAAUUCUGGAGUUAACGGCGUCAGAGGGGCCUAACUCCGUGAUCUUCAGUGGCCGUUAAGAGUCCGUAACUUAGGCUUGGAGUUCGGUUCGGGAGAUGGCGCCGUCUGAGCAAACCUCAAAUGAGACUGACGGUGUUUGCCACGUGGCAGACGGUGGAGGAGACCCGUUACGGAGAUUGACGCAGAGCGGGGCUUCUUCGCCUUUGGGCCUUGCUCUUUGCCCUGUGACACUCAAGUUUGAAGAUGUGGGCUACAAGGUGAAGCUAGCACAAGGCGAAUGCCUGCCGACCCGAAAGUUGAUUGUCGAGAAGACAAUACUAACCGGGCUCACCGGAAUCGUGAGCCCGGGUGAAAUACUAGCCAUGUUAGGGCCCUCGGGCAGCGGCAAGACCACCCUCCUCACCGCCCUCGGGGGCAGGCUACCAGGAAAACACUCUGGCUUUGUCACUUACAACAAUCAUCCUUUCUCAAGCUCCAUGAAGAGAAGAAUUGGCUUCGUGACGCAAGACGACGUGCUUUAUGCCCAUCUUACAGUCUCCGAAACCCUAACCUUUGCCGCCUUGCUCCGACUGCCGGACUCCAUAACUAGGGCCAAGAAGUUGGAGCAAGCAGAGCAUGUGCUAAAUCAACUGGGUUUAAGCAAGUGCAAGAACACCAUAAUUGGAGGGCCCUUGUUAAGGGGGGUCUCAGGGGGAGAGAGGAAGAGGGUCAGCAUAGGCCAAGAGAUGUUGGUUAAUCCUUCUUUACUGCUGUUGGAUGAGCCAACCUCCGGUUUGGAUUCAACCACAGCCAUGAAGAUAUUAACCAUGGUUAAAGGGCUAGCCAAAGGGGGCAGAACCGUGGUUACCACCAUACACCAACCUUCUAGUAGGCUGUAUCAUAUGUUUGACAAGGUGGUGGUUCUAUCUGAGGGAGCACCUAUUUACCAUGGUCAGGCAUCAGUGGCCAUGGGUUAUUUCGCGGCCGUUGGAUUCUCAACACCUGUCGCCAUGAACCCCGCAGACUUCUUGUUGGAUCUAGCUAAUGGCAUUCCACCUAGCAAAAUUGAUUCGGAGGAUCAAGGUGAGGGAAAUAGUUUGGAGGAGCAAGACCCAAAGUUGGUACAUCAACUUCUUAUUUCAGCAUACAAUGAAAACAUCUCUCCAAGGUUGAAAGCUGAGCUUCGCAGUACACCUUCCACCCCCAACCAAUACAGCGUGGCUUGCAGAAGUAGGGUGGAGGAAGAAUGGGGCACCAGUUGGUGGGAGCAAGUGAGGGUGUUGUUGAAGAGAGGUCUGAAAGAGAGGAAACACGAGGCCUUCUCAGGUCUUCGGAUAUUUCAAGUCACCACCGUCUCGAUACUCUCCGGCCUUCUGUGGUGGCAUUCCACCAUCUCCCAUAUACAAGAUCAGAUUGGUCUCCUCUUCUUCUACUCCAUAUUUUGGGGAUUCUUUCCUCUUUUUCACGCCGUGUUCGCUUUCCCACAAGAACGGGCCAUCCUGAUGAAAGAACAACGCACCUCAUCCUACUAUCGCCUCUCCUCCUACUUCACGGCCCGCACCCUAGGCGACUUGCCCACCGAACUCGCCCUCCCCACCCUCUUUGUCCUCCUCUCUUACUUCACUGGAGGCCUAAAACCCACCUUUACCAAUUUUACCCUCACCCUGCUCGUUAUUCUCCUCAACGUCCUCGUCUCGCAGGGCCUGGGUCUCGCCUUGGGGGCCGUUUUAAUGGACGUUAAGAAGGGCACCACGCUCGCCUCCGUUAUAACGCUCGUUUUCCUUUUGGCGGGAGGUUAUUACGUUCAGAGAGUGCCAUCUUUUAUUGCCUGGUUGAAGUAUGUCUCGUUUAGUUAUUAUUGUUACAAGUUGUUGCUAGGGGUACAGUAUGGUGAAGGGGAUGUGUACGGUUGCGGAACGGGGUUGUGUAGGGUUGUGGAUUUGCCUGCGGUGGCAAAUGUUGGGGUGGGGAAUAAGGGGAGGGAUGUGGGGGCCUUGGUGGUGAUGAUGGUGGGGUAUAGGUUGAUUGCUUAUGCUGCUUUGAGGAGGUUAAAGGUGAGGUAAAGAGAGAAAAAUGGUGUUUUGAUAGGGAAGAGAGAAUUUUGUUUUUUUUUGUUUGGGGGAGUUUCUCUUCUCAGUCUCCCCACCAUUUUCUCUCCCUCCUUGCUGUCUCUCUCCAUUGUCUAGGCUUAUCCUAUUAUAUCUUUUCUCUCUACUUUCCUUUUUAUCCUCACCUUUUUUCGGUCCUUCACUCACCGCUCUCUCUCUCACUUUUACCCCUUCGAUCACUCUCUCUCACACACUCACGCCUCUUCUAUCAUCCCCUAUUUUCUCUUCAGUGUUCAUACUCUGGCUUCCCUCUCUUCCAUUUUGUCUAAGCUAUGGUAGAUGGACACUUUUUGUUUUCUCCCCUACUAUUCUUUCCUUCCUCUUGGUUGGCUCCAAUGGAUGUAAUAUCUGUCUCUCUCAUUCUGGAUGGAGGGUGCCAUAACCCCUUUUCUCUUUCUCCCAUGAGAAUUUUUGGUGACUUCUGCUCCCUCUGACUCCCUCCCUGUAGCAUGAAGGAACAGGCGUUUCCGAAGCAGCGGGUGUUAGUUUCCAAUAGUUAUAUAAAUGUGUAUUGUGGGCUGAACCCCAAUAUCCAAUGUAAGAGACUCAUUUCCUGUCUUAAUAAAUAGAGACAGGGACAUCUUUUAGUGCUAUAGUUUUUUUGAGAAAUUAAGAAGGGCAUGAUACAUUUCCGUGUA